AACACCAUUCGAAGGGAUUUCUUUGCUCAAAAAGGCUCUUCUUUUUAUCUUUUUAUUUGAACAGCAUUCCAUACUUUUAGUGACAUUUUUGGAGUGGGGUAGGAGUAGGACAUACAGAUUUAUUCACUUUAAAAAAAGCUUUGGGCACUUGAUUUUGCUUCAGAAACAUUGUUGAAAAGAGAGUUUUAGAGAGAGAAAGUUCUAGAAAGAGAGAGAUCAAUGGCAGGAGGAGGAGGAGCAAAAUCAGAUGAGCCACAGCCACACCCGCCAAAGGAUCAGCUACCCAACAUUUCUUACUGCAUUACCAGCCCACCUCCAUGGCCUGAAGCCAUCAUUCUUGGAUUUCAACACUAUCUUGUGAUGCUUGGCACGACAGUUCUCAUCCCCACUGCUCUGGUUCCCCAAAUGGGAGGUGGAAAUGAGGAGAAGGCCAAGGUGAUCCAAACCCUACUCUUUGUCGCUGGUUUGAACACAUUGACGCAGACAUUGUUUGGGUCUCGACUGCCUGCUGUCAUUGGAGGGUCAUAUACCUUUGUACCGACCACAAUUUCAAUUAUCCUUUCUGGUCGAUUCAGCAAUGUCCAAGACCCUAUAGAGAAAUUUAAGAGGACAAUGCGGGCAAUCCAGGGUGCUCUUAUUGUUGCUUCAACUCUUCAGAUUGUCUUAGGAUUCAGUGGCCUUUGGCGCAAUGUUACAAGGUUCUUAAGUCCACUUUCAGCUGUUCCUUUGGUAGCAUUAACUGGAUUUGGGCUUUAUGAGUUUGGUUUUCCUGGGGUUGCGAAAUGUGUGGAGAUUGGACUGCCAGAGCUUCUUAUUUUAGUUUUUAUUUCACAGUAUAUGCCCCAUGUGCUACAUUCAGGAAAAAAUAUCUUUGACCGUUUCGCAGUAAUUUUCUCAGUGGUGAUUGUUUGGAUAUAUGCUCACCUACUUACUGUAGGUGGGGCAUAUAAUGGUGCAGCUCCAAAAACACAAAUAAGCUGUCGCACUGACCGUGCUGGACUUAUAGCCGGUGCUCCAUGGAUAAGAGUUCCUUAUCCCUUUCAAUGGGGAACUCCUUCAUUUGAUGCUGGUGAAGCCUUUGCCAUGAUGAUGGCUUCUUUUGUUGCUCUUGUAGAGUCCACUGGUGCUUUCAUUGCGGUAUCAAGGUAUGCAAGUGCGACUAUGUUGCCACCUUCCAUUCACAGCCGUGGAGUUGGUUGGCAGGGAAUUGGCAUCCUGUUGUCUGGGUUGUUUGGAACUGGGAAUGGAUCCUCUGUAUCUGUAGAGAAUGCUGGUCUCUUGGCCUUGACUCGCGUUGGCAGUCGAAGGGUAGUGCAAAUAUCGGCUGGAUUUAUGAUUUUCUUUUCCAUUCUUGGGAAAUUUGGAGCAGUCUUUGCUUCAAUCCCAGCACCUAUUAUUGCUGCCUUGUACUGUCUUUUCUUUGCUUAUGUUGGUGCGGGGGGCCUUAGUUUUCUUCAGUUCUGCAACCUAAACAGCUUCAGAACGAAGUUCAUCUUGGGCUUCUCUAUCUUCAUGGGCUUGUCUGUGCCACAGUACUUCAAUGAGUACACAGUAGUCAAUGGUUAUGGUCCAGUCCACACAAGCGGAAGAUGGUUCAACGAUAUUGUGAAUGUCCCUUUUUCAUCAGAAGCUUUUGUUGCGGGCUGCGUGGCAUAUUUCCUGGACAACACACUGCAUCGGAGGGACGGUGGAAUCAGGAAAGACAGAGGUAAACAUUGGUGGGACAAGUUCCGGUCCUUCAAAGGUGAUACAAGGAGUGAGGAAUUUUAUUCACUGCCCUUCAAUCUAAACAAGUAUUUCCCGUCUGUAUGAUAACGAGCAGCACUGAGUUAUAAGGUUAUCUUAUAUUAUAUUUCUCUGUUGAAGGUUCUCCAAGCUCUUUGUGCAAUCUUGUUAUAAAUCAUUGUUGCCUCUAUUACUUGUGAAUCUUAUUUACAUGCUAAAGCAGUAUAAGAUUAGCCUUUCCCUUUAUAGGAUGCCUUAGAACAUUUAUUUAAUUGUUUUCUUUGCUGUAAAUCCAAAGGCAGAACUGGAUUUGAACAAGCACUUAUGUAGUUUUAUUGCUCUCCACUCUUUUCACUUU